CCUUAUUUUCUCGACACUGUUUCGAUUUCCUGUUUACUAGUCGCACAUGUUGUUAAAAUGGUUCGAAGACUAAAAUUUCACGAAAAGAAGUUGUUAAAGAAAGUAGAUUUUAUAUCAUGGGAAAUAGACAACAACAUACACGAAGUGAAGAUUAUGAAAAAGUACCACAUCCAACGUAGAGAAGACUAUGCCAAAUAUAAUAAACUUUCUCGUCAUAUACGAGAGUUGGCUCGCAAGAUUAAAGAAGUGGAUGUCAAGGAUCCAUUCAGAACAGAGGCCACCUCACAGUUAUUAGAGAAACUAUGUUGCAUCGGUCUGAUCACUACAAAGGGAAGUCUGGCACUGGCAGAUAAAGUAAAUGCCACAUCAUUUUGUAGACGCAGAUUGCCUGUUGUUAUGGUCCGGAUCCACAUGGCCGAGAAUUUGAGGGCAGCAGCCACUUUCAUUGAACAGGGUCAUGUCAGAAUAGGACCAGAGGUUGUGAUGGAUCCAGCAUUUAUGGUUACACGAAACAUGGAAGACUUCAUUACGUGGACAGACACAUCAGCCAUUAGGAAACAUGUCUUGGAAUACAAUGACCUUAGAGAUGACUUUGACAUCCUGGGAUGACAGAACAAGAGCUUUUAUUUUUGUUGUUUUAUAAAUUAAAAAAAGCUGGACUCAU